AUGAAAAUGGUAAAUAAUACAGCUUCUUCUUAUUCAUCAAAUGAAAAUGCAAUUUUAUCCGCAAAUAAACGAAAUAAUAAUAAUCAACAUUUGGUUAAUGCAAUUUCGAUGGAAUCAUUGGAUUCGGUUAUUUCAACAAAUAAUGGGGCAAUGUAUGGAAAUGGCAGUUCGGAAGCUCAAUCACAGGUCAGAACUCUUUUCGUCUCUGGUUUGCCUGCUGAUGUCAAAUCUCGAGAACUUUACCUUCUUUUUCGUGCCUAUCCUGGUUAUGAAUCUUCACAGCUUAAAAUGACUUUGUCAAACAGAAAUGGGACUUCGAAAUCAUCUACCCCAGUUGGUUUUGUGACAUUUGCUAGUCGACAAGAUGCAGAUGAUGUUCGGCAAAAGUUGCAAGGUGUUAAGUUUGAUCCUGAACUUUCUCAGACUCUCCGGUUGGAGUUGGCAAGAUCCAAUACAAAGGUUACAAAACCUGUUAAACAAUCACCUCCGGCAAAUCACAUUUCACCGGUCACAUCGGGAUUAACUGCAGCAAUUCUUCCGCCACCUUCUUCAGUUUUAGCACAUAAUAUAACUGUUGCUCAAUUAGCCGCUAUUCAACAACAGCAAUUAACGGCCGUUCUACUUAACCAACAUCACGAUAAUUCUGUUGUAAAUACAGGAGGGGCAAAUGGAACUGUUUUGGCAGCAGCAGCACAACAUCAACAACAACUUUUGGCGGCUGCAGCCUCAGCACUUGAUCAUCAACGUCAUUUGGCAAUUACGGCUAGUGGCUCUGAUAUUCAACAGCAAUUGGCUGCACUUGCAGCGGGCGGCUCAACUCUCUUAGGCAAUACUACCAAUGCAGCAUCUCUCGCUGCGACAAACCCCCAAUUAGCUGCUGUUGCUGCACUUGCUGCUCAACAACAACAUCAACACCGUUCUUUAGCAACUCAUUGGCCUUCUAAUGGCCAACAACAGAUUUUAAUGGCUGGACAACAAAAUUCGCCGUGUUCUACACUUUUUGUUGGAAAUUUGGGUCCAGCAGCGACGACUUCUCCAUCUAUUGUUGAAGAAGAAUUGAAGAGCGUUUUUGGAAUGUUUCCGGGUUUCUCACGUAUUAGAAUGCACACAAAGAGAGGCUCUCCUGUAGCUUUUGUUGAGUUCUUCGAAGUUGGACAAGCAGUUCAUGUUAUGCAUGCCUUACAAGGCUUUGGACUUUCUGCAAAUAACGGUGUUGGGACAGGAAUUCGUAUUGAGUUUGCUAAGACAAGGAUGGGCGACACUUUCCUAUCAAAACAAGACGGGAUGGGAGGAAGAGGAGAUAGAUAAUUUGGUUGGAAUGUUUAUUUUAUCAACGAAAGAGAAGGAAUCUCGCUUUAUUUUAUCAAACAUAAUUACCUAUAUAUGUAAGGAUAACUUUAAUUUAUUCUUGAAAAUUUUAUAUUUUUUUGACAUUCUACAAAAAUUUUUUUGUUUAAUCUGCG